GCGAGCAGAAUGGCACCACACGCAUGCUCCUCACCUACAUCCCCUACUUCAAGGAGGUCAUCGUCGUCUCCUUCCACUGCGACCACUGCGGCGCGCGCAACAACGAGAUCCAGAGCGCAGGACAGAUCCAGGGUGCGUGUGGCGCGCGAGAGAGGCAGGCCAGGAGGGAGCAGCCACCAGACUGGCGUGCACUGCCACGCGCAGCCAGGAGGGAGCAGCGUGGUGGGCAACCCACUGCCACGUUCAGCCGCGAGGCAGCAGCGUGGCGGGCAGAUCUGGUGUGCACUGCCACGCGCAGUCCUGGCGCCUCGAUGAGCUGUGUCGACACUGCUGCUGGCAGAUGCUCGCCUCGCUGCGCGCCGUCCGAGGGCGCCGUGGCCAGCUGGCUCACACUGUACGCAUUUCCCUUGCAGAGAAGGGCAUCCUGUACACCGUCUACCUGACCUCGGCCGACGAUCUGGACCGGCAAGUGGUCAAGUCCGAGUUUGCCACUCUCACGAUCCCCGAGCUGGAGCUCUCCAUCCCGCCCAAGCGCGGCCAGCUCACCACCGUCGAAGGCAUCGUCUCCGACACGCUGCGCGACCUCUCCAUGGACCAGCCUCUGCGGCAGCAUGCGCAGCCCGAGGCGUAUGCCAAGAUUGAGGAGAUCUGCACCAGGCUGCGCUCCAUUCUGGGCGAGGACAAGGAGGGCGAAAAGGUGGCCAAAGAGCAGCGAGAGUUUGCGCCUUUCAGUCUGCGUCUCGACGAUCCUUCCGGCAACUCGUUUAUCGAGUUUACCGGCGCCGUCGGCCAGCUGGGCGCGGCAGACAACAAGUGGACGAAGCGCGACUAUGCACGCAGCGUCGAGCAGAACUCGGUGCUGGGCCUUGCCGCGCCGCCAAAGGCGCCCACGACGGUUGAGCGCGACGAGGGCGGAGGCUUUAGCAAGAAGCAGGGAGAGACGGAGUUCGACAAUGAGGAGGUCUUUGCGUUUGACGGCACGUGCAGUUCGUGCUCGGCGCCGCUUCAGACGCUCAUGAAGCAGGUCACCAUUCCGUACUUCAAGGACAUCAUCAUCAUGUCGACCAACUGCGACGCGUGUGGCUAUCGCGACAACGAAGUCAAGUCGGGCUCUGCCAUUUCGGCGCAGGGGCGCAAGCUGACGCUGCGCGUCGAGGAUGCCUCUGAUCUCUCGCGCGAUCUGCUCAAGUCCGAGUCUGCCGGCCUGUCGAUUCCCGAGAUCGACCUGCACCUGAACCCGGGCACGCUGGGCGGGCGCUUCACGACGCUCGAGGGCCUGCUGCAGCAGGUGUACGACGAGCUCUCGACGCGCCUCCUCUCCGGCGACUCGUCGAGCCGCAGCGACACGGGCAAGUUUGAGGCCUUUCUCGGCAAGCUCAAGGCGGCCAUGGGUGCCGAAUGCUGUCCCUUCACCGUCAUUCUCGACGAUCCGCUGGCGAACAGCUACAUCCAGAACCCAUAUGCGCCCGACGCCGACGAGCAAAUCGAGGCGCUCGACUAUGAGCGCUCGCACGAGCAAAACGAGGAUCUGGGCAUCAACGACAUGCGCCUGGAGGGCUACGAGGAGGAACAUGUGCAGUGGCAGAAGGAGCAGGCCGCGGCGUCGGCUGCGGCGGCGGAGAGGCAACGCGAUGAGCCAGAGGGAGAGGCAGACUCGAAAAGGCCAAAGACGAUCUCCGAGGAGGAGGUGGAGGAGUACAUCAAGCCGGCGCCCCCCGGUGUGGGCGCGGCGCUUCAACCGUUGGAGCCCGAUGAGAUGGAGACGUGAGGUGGGGCGCAGGAACGGGCGCAGCAUGGUAAUAGAUGAUGAUGAUGAGACGCCCCUAUCGAUU